AUGGUUCAGAACAAGGGCGUCAUCUUCAAGAAGGUCCCCGAGGGCUGGCCAGUCGAGGGAGAGCACCUUGCCGUCGAGGCUCGCGAGUUCGACCUCGAGCAGCAGAUCCCCGAGGGCGGACUGAUUGUCAAGAACUUCUAUGCCUCGUUCGACCCAUACCAGCGCGGACGCAUGCGAAACCCAGAGAGCAAAUCAUACUCGCCUCCCUUUGAGCUGGGGAAGCCCAUCACCAACCGUUCCAUCUUCAAGGUGGUCAAGUCAAACAACAGCAAGUUCCAGAAGGGAGAUGUGCUCAUCUCGGCCGGCGUAACACCCAUCGAGGAGUACUCCCUCUUCGACCAGGCCGCGGCUAAGCAGGUUGAGAAACUCGAGAACCCGCACAACCUCGACCCCAAGUACUUCCUCGGUGCACUGGGCAUGCCCGGUCUGACGGCGUGGUCGUCGUUUUACGAGAUUGGCCAGCCGAAGAAGGGCGAGACCAUCUUCAUCUCGGCCGCCAGUGGUGCUGUCGGACAGCUCGUGGGCCAAUUGGCCAAGCACGAGGGCCUGAAGGUCAUUGGCAGCGUCGGCGACGACAAGAAGCUCGAGUACAUCCAGAAGGAGCUUGGCUUCGACGCCGGAUUCAACUACAAGACGGAGAAGCCAGCCGACGCACUGGCGCGCCUCGCCCCCAACGGAAUCGACAUCUACUACGAGAACGUGGGCGGCGAGCAGCUGCAAGCGGCCAUCAACGCCAUGAACAGCUUCGGUCGCGUCAUCGCGUGCGGCAUGAUCUCGCAGUACAACCUCAAGCCUGAGGAGCAGGUCCCGCUGUACGGCACCAUGCAGUUCGUCACCAAGCGCCUUACCAUCCGCGGCUUCAUUGUCGGCGACGAGAACAUGGGCCCCAAGCACGGCAAGGAGCACCAGGAGAAGCUGCAGAAGUGGCUGGCAGACGGGUCAUUCAAGGCCAAGGUUAGCGUAACAGAGGGGAUUGAUAAUGCUGUGGAUGGCUUCUUGGGGAUGCUCAAGGGGCACAACUUUGGCAAGGCGGUGCUGCAGAUUGCGGAUUUGGAGAAGGACUCGUAG